GUCUUAUCGCUUUCAUAAAAAAAAUUUGAAUUUACAUGUUGCAUUCGUUCAGAUCGAGAAGAUUCACGUUUCUUUUCUUGCGAUAGUGACGUACAAUUCCUCUUAUUAUCAUCUAUCAGCGACACACUUGCGUGGGCUGCAUGUCACCACAUCACAAUUCUAUAUACAUUCAUGUAGUCCUAUAGAUGUUAAUCUAAUAAGUACGAUCUUUAUCUUCAUUUAUUUAUGCGCAGUAGUUCGAUCAUCAAGUUUUUUUCUUAGAAUAAUUUCUUUCGUUAAUUCUUUUGUAUUAUGAUAAUUAGAUGUAAAAAUUAAUGUAAUUAUGUCCCAGGAAGAGAAGGACGUAAAUAAAGCUUUUGAAGAUUUAUUAUUCGCGGAGGAAUUUGCACAGAAGUUGGGCUACGAUAAAGGGUACGAAAGUGGCAAGGAGCAGCUGCUGAAAGGAUACCACCUUGGGUACCACAGGGCUAGUAUAAUUGCUGCACAAUUAGGAUACUACAGCGGAGUAUUAGAGCAUUAUUUACAGAAUAAAGAUGCCAAAUGCGAAAAAGCGACGGCGAUAGCAAAGAAACUCUUGGAAGAUAUUCGCAGUACUCUGCCCAACCAUCAGGAUGACAAUUUAGACAUUCUGAAAGCUGUGGAAACUAUCAAGUUCAAAUACGCUCAAUUCUGUUCGCUAGCAAAAAUUAGUUUGUUGUAUCCAGAAACAGAUAGACUUGAAUUUUAAUGCGACGACGAUGGCAGAAUAUAAUCGGCAUUUCGAGAAAGCAUUGGACUUUAUUAAUAUCUAUCAGGAAUUAAUAGAUUGUCAUCUAGUUGAUUUUAUUACCGAAGGAUUAUGGGAGAAGUGCUUAC